GUCCUCGAGCUGUUUUGGCUUCAGACAGAGAGCAGAGACGACCGGAGACACUCAACCGAAGAACCCUCCAGAUUCUUUGUCGCCGUGUCGCGUUGGGAGCAGCUGAACUGCACAUUCAUUAGAUAACAGCUGUGUAAUUACUGUGACAGAGAUGCCGUCCGACAGACCCUUCAAACAAAGGAGGACAUUUGCUGACCGGUGCAAAGAGGUCCAGCAGAUCCGUGAUCAGCACCCCAACAAGAUCCCUGUGAUCAUUGAGAGAUAUAAGGGAGAGAAGCAGCUGCCCGUUUUGGACAAGACCAAGUUCCUGGUGCCUGACCACGUCAACAUGAGUGAGCUGGUCAAGAUCAUCAGGCGUCGGCUGCAGCUGAACCCCACGCAGGCCUUCUUCCUGCUGGUCAACCAGCACAGCAUGGUGUCAGUGUCCACACCCAUCUCUGAGAUCUACGAGCAGGAGAGAGACGAGGACGGCUUCCUCUACAUGGUCUACGCUUCGCAGGAGACCUUCGGCUGCUAGGGAGGGGGAGGGGAGGGAGAGCGGGACAUCUUGAGGUGCUGGGAGGACGGUGGGAGAGAGGGUGAGGGGAAAAGAGGAGGUACAUGGUGUCACAACCGACCAGAAAUCACCAAACUCCAUGAUUUUCUCCACUUUGUUGCAUUGCAGGCCCACGUAGCAGCACCCGUCAGUCCGUGUACAGACACCCCUCGUCCCUCUCUCUGUCGUAGUCGAGCACCCUCUUCAUAUUGGUCAGUACAACACUAGCUACAAAAGCCAGAGGACAUCCUGUGUGUCUCUCCUGCCCUCAGAGUUAGAAUCAUACCUGUGAUAGCUCCGAGUGUUUCUAGUUUGAUUUUCCCUCAUGUUCUUUUGGUCCCACCCCGACUGAGUUCUCUUAUUUUGAAAAGGUGGGACAAACCAACCAAUGAGUUUGGAAUCUGCGAGUAAACUCUUCAUCCUUAAAACUACAUGUGUAUUAGACAAGCUAAACUUGAAACCAGGCAGUCGCUUGCAAGCCGGUCAGAGUUCAGGAUGUAAUUUGAAGCUGGGCUGAUGAAGUCACUGACACUGCUCAGAGUUGAAACCCUCUGACAUGUACGCGGGUGAGAACACUGCACAGCCAGGGUCAUAACUCUGCAGCAGUCUGCUGUGUCAGUCUAUAUUCUCGUCGUCGCAGCAGCAGCAGUACAAACUAGAAGAUAGGUCGGUAGUGAUUUUUACCUUUUUAACUUUUUUAACUCACAUUUUAGUUUUUUAAUUAUCGUCUUAUGUUUGAGAUAUUUAGCUGUAGUUUAGUUUGUGUUACGUAGCUAGUUUGUUUGAAUCAUACAUGUACCGUCAGCCUGAAGCUCAACUUGCCAACUCGCCACUGGCUACCGAGUAGCUGACAAUCAGGCUAAAAAAAAAAGACUGUAAUAAAUUAUUAGCAUUUUACACGUGCAAUAUUUAUCCCCUCUCACGCCCUCGCAGGGUCACACACUUUAAACGACACAAGCAGUGAUGUCAGGUAACGCAACACUACAACGCCAUGUAACUAACAGGUCGGUCAGAAGAGAAGUUAGCAUCACACGCUGCUACGUCCUGUCAGCAAGGUCAACAGCACGUUAACUUUUUGCCCAGAGCAUCACUACUCACCUGUCUUCCUGCACAAGACCCCGCCCCCCUCGUUAUUUAACCACACACACAUUUAACAUCAUAAACAGCCAAUCAGGUGAAGCAGAUUCAAAGGCCUAUCCAGUAGAUUUUAGUCUGUGCAAACACGAGACGUGCACCGUCCCAACAGUCGUGAAGUUAGAUGCUUGCUUGUGGUUCAGAGGGAUUGUGCUCAAAAGAAAAACAUGAUGAAUAUUAAAUCUGACAAUAUUUGGAGACGAGCAAUUAUCUCGCUUGAAACUGACACAGUUGGUUUGGAUCAGCAGAACAGGAGGGGACGCCGUCUCCACACGGGGAGGAUUACAUGAUGUUUUGGUCUUAACACACUAUGUGAUUUUUAUUUCCGUUUAUUUCUGUCUGGCAGGCGCAGACGGUGAAGCGCCAAUAGAACGAUUGCAUUUUGUAUACUGAGCAGAGCUGACGCAGCCCCGUCCUCGGCAGCAGGUCAUCAAAUCCCAGUAAAGCUUUUCAGCUGAGGCGAGGUGAAAUAAGGCCUCGCUUUGAUAUCACGUCUCCCCCUGCGAGGGUGGCGUCCCCUCACGGCCUCGUGUUACACAGCUUGUAAGAACGCCACGUUUGUCAUGGUAGCAUAGACUCGAGCAUUAGACAUAAUAAAAUGUAUUUAAUGUCGGAAAUGAAUGAGCUUCUUUUGCACAUAAAUUAAUACGAAUAUAAAAAAGAGUUGGCAUAGAAUUUUUUUAGGAAUUACUGUAUCUAUAUAACAAUUAUCUCUUCUUUUUGUAUCUGCUCCUCUUCUCCAGCGCAUUGCUGCUCUCUACCUGUAUGUUCGUCUGUCUGCCUUUGUUUAAUGAGACUUUAUAGACGGAAGGUUGUGAUGCACUACAGACCUUGCAUGUUCUGACUUUUUUUUUUAUAAAUGUAUAUUGAUUUUACGCGAUAGAUAUAAUUGUAUUGUUUAAUAUAGAAAAAGUCUUUUUAGAUGUUUCCCAAACCAAAAACUGAAAAUAAGUGUAUGUGUAUGUUUGAAACAAACAAACAAAAAAAAAUGUGUGCGUAUAAACGAUCAUAUAAUCGAGCUGUAUUACAAAGUGUGUUUUUCUUUAGGCUUUCUGACAUGGUCACUAUUUGGAGGGGUGUAUAUAGACGCAUUGCUACAACCUUAUUCAAAGCAUUUGCCAAUAAAUAAAAAAGUUGCCUUUAAAAUA